AUGUCAAACCGUCACCGUGCAACAAGCAUGGCCUUCUCAGGCAAUGUAUCGGAUGACGAGAUGAAGAAAAGUCUCCAGUCGUUGGCUGAUCUCAAAUCUGUUUAUAAAGAUAUACAUUAUGAUUGGCCGCAGUUGAUCCAGGGUGAGGUGACGCCGAUUGAAUUGGCAAUCUCGCUCUUGGACGAUACAUCUGUUGGUUUGGCGCAUCGAAAAAGUGAAUUCGAUGAGCUUUGUGAAACAACUGGACAGGCUCUUAAGGCAGCAGUGGUUGAAAACCACGAAACGUUUAACAACAGUAUAGGACUGUAUCACCAGCUCAUUUCCAUUGCCAAAGACUCACAGCUGGACUCUAAAGUCAUCAAAGAUCUUAUUGAGACAAGCACUAAGGAUAUGAGAGAUAGGUCUGCAUCCUUGAAGGUUUUAGACCAAAGUUCGACCAAGUACUCUGAGAUGAUCGAGAUUUUGGAUGCAAUGGAAUAUUUGCGUGACAUUCCAGCUCAAAUUGACCAGCUUAUUACCGAAAAAAAGAUUUAUGAGGUCUACGACGUUAUUGCAGAUGGUUACAAAACAGCUUCCAGAUAUAACUUGUGGUCCUUAUCCUCCAUGAAUGCAACACAAAAUUACUUAGAGGUGCAGUCAAAUAAUUUGUACGACAUGAUUAUUGAUGAGCUUCAAAAUGAAAUUUACCUCAAGAGCACUCUGAGCUCGAAGGAAUCAUGGAGCAAUAUGAUUCACUCUAACAAUCCAGAAAUCACCUCAUUCAUGACACUUGUCAAUAGUCUGACCACAUUGGAACUGUACAUCUACAAUCUGGCAAAUUUGGACAUAAAUGAGAUAUCUGCGUCCUUGACUGAAAACACCAAAAAGUUUUUAGAGUCGCAACUUCCCCAAUUGCACCAACAUUAUCGAAAAGGUAAAACCUCGAAACCGAAUUAUGCGCUUCUCUUAGAAUCAAAACUGAACCCAUCUACUGCAUCAUACUUCUACAUAUACAGGCUACUAUCUACGGCUUCAAAACUUAAUAAGCUACAAUCAGUGACUCAGAUCCUUUUGAAUUCCUUGCACCUGGAACUUCAAUACAUGACGAAUAAGAUCACAGAGGAAUGCAAACUGCUGAAUAUUCAUAAAUUAGCAAGACUAGAGAAGGCAAAAGUCUUAGAGCACACUAACUCACAGGAUAUUAUAAGUGGCCACGGUCUCUAUGACUCCUCUGUUCACAUACUUCAGGAAUACUUUGGUUCCUUCUUUCUCAGGUGUUUGAUAGUCUUGCUGAAGCAUAAAAUCGCCUGUGAAAUAGUCAAAAUGAUUCGCUCGACAGAUGAAAUCUCUUCAUACUUACGAAAAGGUUUGAACGUGGAAUCUGCUCAUCUGUAUGACUUUCAUACCACUUGGACAAUAAUGAGCAAGGAGAUCAACGAUCUUAUUGAAAUUUACAUACAUGGAGAAAGAACAGAUCUGAGCCCAUCGAGACCCGAUCUAGUGCCAAGUCAAGUAAAUCAGGUUUUAACAAAAAAACAAUUAUUUAGACUUGAAGACGCCACGGGAUCCAACUCAAAUGAAUCAUCCAAAGAGUUAAAAGCAGUCCUUGACGAAAUGUUUCCAGGCUUUCUGAUAAGUUCUCGGAAAUCACAUGUGGCUCAGCGCACUGAAAACUCGCCUUAUAUCACGACAGAAAGGUUAAGCUCCUCUGUUGACGCUUUGGUUCCCAGGAAUAUUUUCAACAUGAGAAUUAUUUUGGAAUACUUUCUUGUCUUCAUAAGUGGUGCCAACAAUCUUUUUCUCGAUUUCGAGAUUACAAAAAGCAUAAGCACUCCUCCUUUUCAGUUUUAUCAAAAUGUCAUGCAUAAGUCAUUCUUGGCGAGAAUAAAAGAACAAUUGAAUCUUGCCUUUGAUGGUUGCAUGACGAAUGAUAUGGGAGUGGAAUUGAGAAAAAGCCAUAAUAAGAAGACGCUUUGCUUUAAUCAGGAGAUUAUAUCUUUGAGCGAGGCAGACUUUGAUUUCGAUGAAUCAGAUAAAUCAAAACCGUCAAGAAAUCUCCGAGUUUAUUUGAAUGCGGUUCAGUUUGAACAGAUCUUAAGCAGUGCGUGCUUCACCUUGAAUACCUCUUUCAGUUAUCGUAAGGAGUUUAGUGAUUUAAUCCUUGAAAUACUCAAAAAAUUUUCAGGUUUUUACAACGAUUAUUAUCGAGAGCUUCUUGCCACAGGUGGAUCUCACGAUAUCACGGAAAUCAACCUAGGAAUUAACGAAGAACGAACGCAGCAACUGAGGCUUAAUAAAUGGAUGAAUGCCAUUGUUCUAACGAACUUGACCGAGACAUUGAUCAAAGAACAAGACAAACAAGAUGAAAAGAGCUCAAAAGUGUCAAAAGAGUGUGAUUUGAUGUUCUACGAAACUGUUUCGGGGCCACGAGCAUUAGAAGUUUCGAAAGAUGAUCUUUUAGACGAUGAUUCCUUUCACCAUGUCUGUGUUCUUUUGAAAACAUCUUCAUGGGUUUUAACUUGGCUCCCAUCCAUGAAAAAAGUCUCAAAUUUGAGUAGCACCGAUGAAGGUGAGUUGGAGAUCAACAAAUUGAGACAGAAGUUCAUCAUCUUAGAGAAUGGAAGGGCUCCAACUUCCGCGAUGAAAAAACCAUAUCAUGUUUAUUUGACGCUUGAUCUGAACUCGAUGAACGUUUUUAAUGAUGUGAUUAAAACAUUUGAGACAAUCAGGAAAAACGCGCUUAUUGCCUUGCGCUAUGAUUUGAGAUUGAAGACAAUGCAUCACAUCAGUCAAUCUUUUGAGGAAAACUUCAUUUUAACUACAGAACCUGCAGACUCAGACGCCUUCAUUAGUCUGCUCAACAGAGAAGUGUACUAUAUUGGAGCCAAGAUUGGCGAGGUAUUAAACACACAAGAAAGGAACUUUAUACUCACGGGUCUUUCGGAACACAUUAGCCGAGCUUUUGUAAAAGGCAGUGAGCUGGUGUCUGUCAUCAAUCAAAACGGCAUCAAGCGAAUCAUCUUGAAUAUCUUUACAACUCAACAAAUGCUUCGAAGUGUUGUGUGUAAAGAAGACAAAGUUGAUCUCAGUGACUCAUCCAGAUACUUCGAAAUGUUUACCUUGAGUGAGCAUAAUUUAUUGCAGAAAAUAUCGCAGGAGACUUUACCCUUUACCAAGGGCGAAAUCUUGAAUCUUUUGAGGUUGAUGUAUAGUGAGAAGCUAACGAGUGCUAAUGUGACCUCUUUCAACAAGACAAGGUAUAGCGAGCUUGUCAAAAAAGUCAGCGACCUACUCACAUAA